CCUCUUUUAUUUAGAGACGAGAUAUUUUGAAUAUAUCAAUUUAUUUAUAAGCAGGUUAGAAUUGCAAUAUAAAACCUGAAAUCCAAGCAAAUAGACGGAAUCCACAUGUUUAAGAGUAUUUAUAGAUGGGAGUGCAUCUCUCACAAAGAAAUCGCAGCAAAAAUAACGAUCGGUAAAGCUAGUUUUGAGAAAAUUCAAUUUACCUAAUGGCAAAUACAUAACUAUUUGUUAUAAUUAAAAAUAUCGGUUUUUUUUUUAACCUUAAUAGUUUUCACUGCUUUAUCUGAUUGCUGUUUCAUUGAAAUAGAAAAGGCAUAUCAAUUUUAAACAUGAUCCAGUUGAUAAAUAGGCCAUUGUUGAAGUAAGAAAUGUAUGGUGGUACUACUUGAUCCACGAGUUUGAAUUGAUAAAGAUGACAUAUAAACUUGAAGAUUACCACAUAUAAAUAUAUAUGAUCAAAGGAAAUUAAACAUAAUGCUGCAGAGAUUUAAGAAGUUAAAUCUACUUCUACUUCAUUAUGCAUUAGCUCUAAAGUAUAACAACUUUAUUUUAAAAAAUGAGAUACUUUUAUUGUCCAUCCGUAAAUAUUCAUUAAAAAACAAUUUUAUAGACUUUUUAUCGUCGCGAUUAGUUGGUUGAGAGUUUUUUUUUUUACUAGAUCAAGCAUUUUAGACUUAGAAUUUACAAUAUAAUUUGUAAUAAUGAUUAAUCAUUACAUUAUACUGAUUAAACAAAAACAAGAUCUCGAUUCGGUAAAUUUUCGCAAUUAUGGUGUCGCUUUGGUACGUUCCUUUUUUUCACCCAUGCGGUGAAUUUGGCUGUCGUGGUUCCUUGCGUGUCGGUCGGUAAUGCCAUUGGCUCGAGGGGUACCGAAAUAUAAGCCAUUGGCUGCGAUAUCGUUUUGAUUUGGCCGUGUUUCGAUAAAUGGUUACCGUGCAAAUGAUUCUGAAUGCUGCAAUGGAUUUCCUGGUUUGUGUGCAAGCUGGUGUCAACCUGCAACAACACCCACUAACCAGUAUUGUGAGUCUACGGUGAAGGCUAAGCUGCGCCAUGAAAAGGGGUAUGAGACUCCAAAAAAGUCAGUAAAACCUGUCAAACCUGUAGAACCUGAAGAAUCUUCAGAGGAUUCCUCCUCAGAAUCAGAAGAAAUGGAAGUGGAAGCUCCUGUUAUGAAAACUAAGAAGCUGACAAAAAGCAAAGAAACACUUGCUAAGAAGAAGGCAGAAUCUAGUGACAGUGAGGAGGAAGAAGAAGAAGAAGAAGAAAGCAGUGAGGAUGAAGAAAGUGACAGUGAUGAAGAGGAGGAGGAGGAAGAUGAAGAAGAUGAUGAAGAUGAAGAUGAUGAUGAAGAAGAAGAAAAGGGAAAGGUGAAAAAACCUGUAGCAGCUGCUGAAUCUAGUGACUCUGAUGAAGAGGAUUUUAGUGAAGAAGAAACUAGUGAAGAUGAUACUCCUAAAUCAAAGGCCAUUGGAAAAUCAAAUGCUAAACAGAAAGAUGGGUCAAAAGAGGCCAAGAAGCGUAAAAAGGAAAUGGCUGAUGGUAAAAAUGCCAAAAAAGCUAAAGUUGAUGAACCUGUUACUGUUCUGUGCAGAAAUGUUCCCCAGGAAGUGACCAUUGAGAAGCUUGAGAAAUUUCUUAAGAAGAAGGGAAUUGCAUUUACAUCUGUUCGCAAGCGUAAUGACAGAAUGUUUGCCCACAUUGACUUAGCUAAUCCUGAUGAUCUUGAUACAGUUUUAGCAACGAAAGAUCUUGAAUAUAAAGGGUCCACAUUGGCAUUUGAAAAAGGUAGACCCUUAGGGGCAUCAAAGCCAGAAAGGACUAAGGAGGACGAUUCAAAAUCCCUGUUUGUGAAGAAUUUGUCCUUUGAUGAUUCAGAAGAUAGUAUCAGGAGCAAUCUGUCGGAGAUAUUCCCUGGUGCACAAAAUGUUAGACUUCCAUUCAGGGGAAAUACACAUAGAGGGUUUGCCUACAUUGAGUUUAGUAGUGCUGAAGAAGUAAAGGAUGCUGUUGAAAAUAAACAAGGGGUUGCGUGUGGGGACCAAAAAUUGUUCUUGGAUUACGCAAGUGGUUCUUCAAAAAAAAGAAGAGGUGGCUUUAGAGAUGAUCAACCUGAAGAAUCCAGUGUGCUGUUAGUUAGAAAUCUAUCCUAUGAUUCAACAGAGGAUUCUUUGCGAUCAUGUUUCAAAGAUGCUACUGAUGUACGAAUACCAAUAUUUUCAGAUACUGGAAAGCCAAAAGGAAUUGCUUUUGUGGAAUUUGAAUCUACAUCAAAAGCUAAAAAUGCUUUAAACAAACAUGAUGACACUAACAUUGAUGGCAGAAAUGUUCGAUGUUACUUUGCUAGAAGCAGAGGUGAAGGUGAUGGAAGAAGUGGAGGUUAUAGUGGUGGACGUCGUGGUGGUGGCAGUGGUGGUUUUGGCAGACGUGGUGGUGGUGGUGGUGGCAAACGUUAUGGUGGUGGUGGAGGACAAAGUAGCUUUGGAGGAACAGGGAAGAAAAAGACCUUCAGUGAUAGCGACUGAUGGUAUUUAGCAACAUGGCAGUGAAAGCUGUAUUUAGCAGCAUGGAAGUGAGAGCUGUGGCUUUUGUAGCUAUUGAGUGAUAGAUGGUCAUUUCACCUUAUUUUAUGAAUUCAAUCACAAACAUCUAAUGACAACAAUAAAGUCAUUUUAAAUUCUGUUUUGAACAUAUGUGAUUUCAUUUGUACAUAAUCAUGAGUUUUUUCACCAUUGAUAUUGUAUGUAAAUUUAAUCUGAUUAAAAUAUUCAAAAUAUU